AUGCCACCCAAAGGUUGGACGAAGGCCAGGAUACUGUCAGGUUGCCCAAGCCUAGACAGGGGUAGUCGAGAGGCAGAGGUCGGGUUCGAACCACGGACCUUCAGAAGGGCUGAUUCAAACCAAUCAGAGCAGGACAAAUUGCACCUGGGUGGGAGGCUAUUUGGAUACCUGUAUAAGUAG